CGGCCGCAGAAGUGAUGAGGGUAACUAAGGGAAGGCACGUGCAGUUAAACAGCUGAGUUGUUUCACUAAAAUGGUAUUGCACUAAUUGUGGCCUCGCGGCCAGACAAGGGGGGGAGGGAGAGAUCGCUGUUCCGUUCGUUCCUGCAGUUCCUGCAGCUCCGCCCAAACCCAGCGGCGGGUGACGAUCACAGCGCUCAACCCCUCCACCUCCCACCGUUUAUCGUUUAUUUAAGCCCCUACAACAACGAACAAGCCGACCGGCCAAACAACAACAAUCGCAAACCUACAGAAUAUAUGAGCUUCUGAUGUAUAGCUCCAUGUAUCAUCUCCGCAGCAGCUAUCCUACCAUCUAGGUAAAUAUUGGUACAUAAUUGCUGCAAUUCCUCGCCUUCUCUCGAUCUAACCCCCCUACGCUCAUUCUCGCGACUGUCCCGCGGGCCGGCACCUUCUCCGCUCCGCCCUAACCUCACCUUCCCGGUUGCAAUUCCUAUAACGACUCAUUAACGAGGAUCGAUAGUUUUUAAGGCUGAUAAACCUCGACGCCGCCUCCCCGUUCGACCAUUCCUGCUAUUCCUAAGUGCUGUAGAAAACAGGACCCGCCAAUACUCACUCCCCUAUUGCUGGUAUAUUCAGUUGCCCCGAUACAGUGCCCACAUGAGGUCUUGAAAAGGCACGGGUUUUAGAGCGCCCGGCCGCGCUCCAGGCACUAUAACGGAUACCAUUUCCUGGGAAUAUUCAGAUUCAUUGUCUGGUUAUAUACCAAUCCGAUGGCAUCAACAGUUGAUGGAAACGUCCUCGCGCAACCAGAAUUCGAAAUUCCUCUGAACUUGGCUGCGCCUGCCGCUACAGCGGCUGAGGGGGAUUAUCCUGUAAAUGGCGACACUUACCGGAUAGCUGCGAAAGCAGCUACGAAUUUCAAUACCCAACCGCGGCAACAAAAACCGAAGAAUGUCUGCGGUGGAGACAGCACGAGUUCUGGUCCGGGUAACGCUGCGACAAGGGCUGCGAAUGCCUCAGGCCAGAUGAAUACGCAAAAACCCAAACGUGUACGGACGGGAUGUCUGACGUGUAGAGAACGACAUCUCAAAUGCGAUGAGACGCUUCCUCGAUGUCAAAACUGCCAAAAGUCGGACCGACAGUGUAAGCGUGGCGUGCGACUGAACUUUAUUGACACUCAUGUCGCAGCACCACCAUUUGCAGCGCCAUUCACGCAUGACUGGCAGGUUAACUUUCACGACGAAUCUCGUGAGAUUGCUUCGGAAUAUCGGGGGGGUUUUGAGCGGUAUCCCCGCCUAAGGAAAGAUGGCCCCUCUGCCUCUCGAAAACCAGUGCCUCACCCGUCCGCCUACAAUUUCCCUGAUAUCAUGGGAGCACCAUCCCUUUCGCAUCAGAGCCUUUCGCAUGCUGCUCCUCUGCUUCCUAACUAUCCCGAGUCGCAACAACCGGAAAUGACUGAGCCCAUUUUCCAACAUACCCCUCAAACAGACCACCACUCUAACCCAACAUUUUCUAACCACCCUCUAACACAUUCUCCAUUCAAUUCUCUGAAAUCUAAUCUAGGACCUCCCGGAAAUGUCAAACACUGUCUGGAGAGUGCAGAGGAAGUUCUACUCAUGCAAGUUUUCGUAGAGGAAGUUGGGCUAUGGAUGGACUCGAUGGACUCGAAAAAACAUUUUUCUCAUAUCCUACCAUACCAUGCUCUUAACGAACCUAUGCUUUUGAAUGCGUUUAUGGCAUGCGGCGCACGGCACCUGUUUUUGGUUAAUCCAUCAUACGGCGAAGACAAGGCUCUGUAUUAUUACAACACUUCUACGCGUGAUCUCCUUACCUGUUUGCAAAACCCCAAUCGCGAUACAGUCUUAUGUGCCACGACAGCGGUAAUUCUUAACGUUUACGAAAUAAUGUGUGAAAAGGCGAUGCAGCGGAUGAACCAUAUCGCGGGCGCCCGGGCCCUCAUUAAGGAGUGCCGCUGGGAUGCCAAAAGUGUUGGGAUAGGAAGCGCUUGCUUCUGGCUUAAUGUUGGCAUGGAGUUAUUGAGCUGUCUCCAUUUCAACUGGAGAAUGGCCUGGGAUCCGGAUACCUGGGAUAUAGAUAUGAACAUGACCGCGUCGCAGAAUGCUAUCACGGGCGAUGAAGAGCUGUGGACCCAUCGGAUGGUGUACAUAUGUGCGAAAAUCGCCAAUUUUAGAUCAACGAUUCCGCAUUUCCAGGACCCAGAUCGAGCCGCGCAUGAUUUGCGACUGAACCAGCGGAUCCAGGAAUGGAAUACGUAUAGGGGGUGGUGUGACGAGUGGGCGAGAUGCGUACCGCGCUCAAUGAUGCCGCUUGGUUACUUACAGCCUUGGCAGACAAGCUCCAAGUCGUCGUUCCCGGAGGUUUGGCUUAUUAAACGCACUGCCGUCGUAGGUCGGCUGUUUUACCACACAGCCUGCUGUCUGCUUGCGAAAAUCCACCCCACGGAAUCCGAGUACAGCGAGAAUAUGAUGGCGAUGCAGCAGAGCCACGCGCAUGAUAUUUGCGGAAUCGUGGCGCAUGUGAAAGACAGAGGCGUCGCCAGCGUUUCCCUCCGCUGCCUUGCCAUUGCCGCAGAAUGCUUGACAAACCGACAAGCACAGGAAGAAGUCCUACAAAUCAUCGACAAAAUCAUCAAAGAGACGGGUUGGCAGGUGGCCUUCUUGCGCACUGAACUUAUGGAGAAGUGGGGAUGGAGUCAUAAUAACAAUAAUAACAAUAACAACAACGCCAACAAUCAUAAUAAUAAUCAUAAUAACUCCUCCCCGCGACAGCUGCAAGCUUCCGCUUCCACAGCACCAGGCUCGUCCGCGCCAUCAUUACUCUCGUCAUCACUUCUGAAAUCCGGCCCGCAUAAUCCCAACGCAAGUGGAGGGCGCGGUCCAACUACCACUCCGCCCCGCCAACGGAUGCCACAGGGCAUCGUGAACCCUCUUAUGGCUACUGCGGAUUUUUCAUACGAGAACCAUCCGUACCAGGCCCACUACGUUGCGCCCCAUGAUCACAAUCAUCUGGGGGGUUAUCAGCAUUACGAAUCUUACUGAUAUAUAUAUAUAUAUAUGAUAUAUAUAAUAUUUUUAUUGUUUCCAUUUUGGCUUCUUUUGCCCAUCGUGAUAUUCUUUUGGCAUUUUCUGUGAUUACUAUUAUUUACGGCUAUUAUCAUUGGGGUUUCGUGCAAAAAAUGUGGAUUUGAGAUACCAAAUACCAAUUGAUUUGUUUUUCUUUUACGUUCUCUUACCUUUAUUUUUUGUUCAGAAUCGGCGAAUGAUUCCGUUUUCUCCAUGUGGGGAUUUGGAAGUGUUCAUUUGAUUGUGUAUUAUCAGUAUUUCACCAUUCUUAUUAUUAAAGAGAGAUUUGCUUUUUGGAUGGUAUAAUGUAUAUACAGCUUACACACGCUCUUCUCUAUCAUAUUCCAAGUUAACUUUUCUCAUUUCUUCAAAUCUUCAUAUAGUAUCAAAGUGUACACGAUCUUGGAUAUUUCACAUGCCAUAUCAUCAUCAUAUCAUACGUUUGUACGUUUUCUUGUGUCAUUUAGAUAUAGCAUUUGUACUAAAACACUUAGCAAUCUUAGCAGAUACCAAUGUCCCUCAGCCAUCGCCCUCCAUUCCCAAAAUAAAAU